AGUCUGUUUAUGGAAGUCGUCGCGUACGGACCCAUUAAACAAUUUUUUUGUCUUCUGCUUUUUGUUUUGUUAAAUUUUGGUUGCUUAAGAGAUAAUCCGUUUCUCUGUUGAGUGGAUGAUUGUAAACUUCGGUUACAGAAUAAAAGAAUUAUUGUGCUGUGCAUGGAAGUCGAGAAUAAUGAGAUGGAUGUGCGUUUAGAAUGUGUGUGAAAAUACAGUAACGAAAUCUGAAAGAGAAAUCCAAUUGAUUACGAAGAAAUUGUGUUUUUUUUAGAAAUUUUAUUUUUACUGUUUUGACGGGAGGAAAUUGAGUGUCGUUAAAAAGCGAUUUUGUAAAUUUUAUGCAAAUUUGAAAUUUUAUUGAACUAAUCACUUCCAACUGAGUUUGUGAUUCGAGAACAUAAAAAGUGGUUUGAUUAGCCGACUUUACACAACCAACUCAGAAACCGUUCACAGCGAUUUUCAAAUACAGGAUUAAUGAUGACAAUCUGGCACUUUCAUAAGUAAAUGGAACAAAAUGCAAACGACUCUGUGAUAAGCAUCAGUGAUGAUAAAUUGAUAUGAGCAACUGAUUGAAGCAACAAAAAUAAAAAUAAAAAAAUUCUCAUCGCAAUUUAAAGUUAAGAAAAAAACAAAAAUUUAAAAAAAUACCAAAACACACAAUGAAAACAGACAGUCAGCGUUUCGGUUGUUGCAGUGGCAACGAUGAUAUUAGUGUGGAAAAUUCCUCGAUGACUUGUGGGGAUAGUACAGACGUGGAUGAAUGCAUUCCCGUCAACAAUGUUAAGGUGUUUGUCGAUCAGCCAGAUGAUGGUAUCGAAUUUCCGAAUCGAACGUCGAUGGAUCUGCAAUUCCAGGACAUCAAGUAUACGGUUGGAAAGUUCUCUUUGCGGAAUCGCAAAUACGAAACCAAAACCAUUUUAAAUGGCCUACAUGGUGAAUUCAAAUCCGGUGAACUAACGGCUAUAAUGGGACCAAGCGGUGCUGGAAAGACUACACUGCUGAAUAUAUUGGCUGGAUAUGUCCAAACAGGUGUUACCGGUAAAAUCAAAGUAAAUGGCAAAAAUCGAUCGAGCAAUUCGCAAUCAUUCCGUAGCCUCGCCGCAUACAUCCAUCAGGACGAUGCACUUCGACCGUAUUUGACCGUUAGUGAAGCCAUGACCAUUGCAACCAAUUUGAAAUUGGGCUACAACGUUACCAAAGAAUACAAAACGAGUAUGAUUAAAAAUAUUUUGGUACUUCUUGGCCUGGAAAAACGUUACAAAACAUACACUGGCCGGCUAUCAGGAGGUCAGAAGAAGCGGCUGGCUAUUGCUUUGGAAAUGAUUAAUAAUCCGCCCAUUAUUUUCUUGGACGAGCCAACAACCGGUCUAGACAGUUCAUCAUGCACGCAAUGCAUAACGCUGUUGAAACGUUUAGCACAAGAAGGACGAACCAUUGUAUGUACAAUACAUCAGCCGAGUGCGUUGAUCUUUGAAAUGUUCGAUAAAUUAUAUGCCGUGGCUGGCGGUACCUGCAUAUAUCAAGGACCUGUCCGACAAUUGAUCCCAUUUAUGGCUAACAGCGGUAUGGCAUGUCCAUCAUAUCACAAUCCAGCUGACUUCCUAAUGGAAAUUGCGAGCGGAGAUUAUGGCAGUGAAGUUACCAGCUCAAUGGCUUCCGCCGUUCAAAAGCAAUGCAAUGAAACAUUUAACGCUGGCAUUUUAAUUGACGAACAUCUAACUGUUACGGAAGGAAUGGAAAAGAAUUUGAUGACUACCGAAUCACGUAACAAAGUGUACAAAUUCACUCAAACAAGCGCCAACGUCGACUACAUGGACACAAUAACAAAUCAUCCAAAGUCACAAUCAGCAUCACUGUUCAUGCAGUUUUAUUUGUUAUUUAUGCGAAAUGUUAAGAGCACAAUAAGGAACACGUUUCUCAUACUGGCGCGGAUCUUUUCCCAUAUUGCCAUUGCAUUUUUGUUUGGCUACAUUUACGUAAAUGUUGGUGCAACUGCCACGACCGUCCUCGCAAACUAUGUCUACUUGUACGGAACCAUUUUAUUAAUUGUUUACACUGGAAAAAUGUCCGUUGUGCUUUCAUUUCCGCUGGAAAUGGAAAUCCUAACUCGAGAGCAUUUCAAUCAGUGGUACAAACUCGGUCCGUACUAUUUAUCGAUCAUAACCUUCGAAAUACCGUUUCAGAUGUUUUGCUCAAUGCUGUACGUCGUUAUCAGUUAUUAUCUGACGGGGAACUAUUACGAGCCGUAUCGAGCAGCUUCUUUUAUGUUGAUGUGCAUGCUGGUGACUAUAUGUGCACAGAGUUGGGGAUUUUUCAUUGGUGCAACGCUGCCGGUUAAGCUGGCAGUUUUCAUUGGACCAAUUCUGGCCGUACUCUUUUCAGUAUUCGGAUUCUGUACCCGUUACAUCGACAUAACAGCAAUGUUCAGUUGGAUGUGGCAUAUUUCGUAUUUCCGUGCUGGAUUCCAUGGAAUCAUCAAUACGGUAUAUGGAAUGAAUCGGCCGUACUUGCCAUGCCCGGAAAAUGCACCGUUUCACUAUUGUCAUUUUAAGAAUCCCAAAUUGUUUUUGGAAGAAAUGCUAAUUCCGCCAGAGGUUACCUUAACCGAUAACGUAGUGCUGAUGUCCAGCGUAUUUUUCACCUUACACAUAUUGACUGUGAUAGCACUUUGGUUGAAAUUGAAUCGACGUUAGUGGUGGCAAUCAAUGCCUGAUGCCUUAUUUCAACACAACAAAAUUUCAAUUUCUUCCGCUAUCAUUGUAAUUUGGAUUGUGAAAUCAAUUACUGUGUGAAGAAUCGCCACUGCAGUAGGAAAAUAGAAUUAAGGAAGACAUAAGCUGACAUGACAAUACCGAUAUUAGUAGAAGGAAAAUCAAUUUUCGAUUUCUUAGUAAUGAAGGGUGUGUGCAGAAUUGUGAGACUUCAUCACAAAUUGUGGGAGAGGUACGGGGGACUAACAAUAUGGUGGAAGUAUCCAUUACAUCGAGUCAUAAAAUUAUUGAUUUCAUCGCUGAAAUAUUUUAAGAGAAUGUUUGUGGUAGUGUAAAAUCGAGGACUGAACCACUUAUUGGACUAAAUUUUACUAAAUGGACUCAUAUCGG